AUGACAUCGAAACUUUUCCUCCGACCCGCCCUAGCCUUGAUCAGUGUCCUCUCAACUUCGAAAGCAACAUUAUUGAAUCCGGAUAAAAACAUGCUUUUGAACAAGCUUCUUCGAUGGACCGUAUACAAUCAUUUCUGUGCUGGCACAAACAGCAAAGAAGUCUCAAAGACAGUGGCGGAUGUCAAAAAGAUCGGAUACCAGGGUGUCAUCUUGGGAUACUCUAAAGAAAUUGUGCUGGAUCACAAUGAAAAGCUUGCUGUGGAUGAGUCUGGCUCGGCAAAAUACAGUGAUCGGUGCUAUGAAAUGGUUGAAGAAUGGAAAAAUGGCACAUUGGAAACACUGCGCAUGGUUGGUCCGGGUGACUUCCUCGCGGUGAAAUUAACUGGUGCUGGUCCUAUCUCUGUAGAAGCCAUGGCGGCACUUCAUCCAAUGCCGAAGGCUAUGGCCAAAGCCGUGGAUGAGAUCUGCAUUGCGACCGAGAAGCAGGGCUCUCGUCUUUGGCUAGAUGCCGAGCAGCAAGCUUUACAAAAGGGCCUUGACCACUGGGCUCUUGAGACAAUGCGAAGACAUAAUAAAGCAGAGCGCCCAGUCGUUUACAAUACUAUCCAAGCUUACUUGAAGGACUCGAAGGCAAACCUCGACCGUCAUCUUACGCUCGCCGCCCAAGAAGGUUGGACGCUGGGCAUCAAGCUUGUGCGAGGAGCUUAUAUUGAACAUGAGACACGAUCUCUUAUUCAUGACACUCAGAAAGAUACGGACCAGUCGUAUGACCUCAUUGCAGACACUCUGCUGUGCCGAAGAAUGCCUGCCGAUAACGAUACCCUUAUAUUCCCGAAAACUGCUCUCUUCCUUGCCACCCAUAACGCUGUUAGCGCAGCCAAAGCUAUCUCUACACACCAGGAACGCAUGCUUGCCAACAAGCCUACAAUUAUGUUGGAAUGCGGGCAGAUUCAAGGCAUGGCUGAUGAGCUCAGUUGUCAGUUAGUGCAAAACUACGAACGUGCUCUUGAACAGUCGUCUGUUGCAAAAUUGACUGUACCAAAAGCGUUUAAAUGCAUGACCUGGGGUUCUGUCGCCGAAUGUAUGGGAUAUUUGCAUCGUCGAGCAAUUGAGAAUCGCGGCGCAGUAGAGCGAACACAACAUAUGGUGACUGCGUUGCGGCGCGAACUGUGGCGAAGGAUUGUCGGAUAA